AUGGCUAGAAAUAAAGCGUUUGUAGUAUUUCGUGGUAAAGCUCCUAGGGCUUAUCUUUCAUGGGAAGAUUGCGAAGCACAAGUGAUUGGUUUCCCUAGAGCUCUAUAUCGGGGUUUCAAAAAUAAUUUUGAAGCUGAGAAAUCUUAUGUGAGAUUCUUUUAUGAUGAUCAUCCACACGGAUUUGCAGCUCAUAUGUCGACACUUCAAUAG